AUGCUCUCGUGUGACGAUCUGCUGAUUGACGUUUCAUCUCCAAGAAGACUGCGGUUCAAAGUGUUGGACUCCGGCAAACUCAGUGUUUCCUGGAAGGAGCCAAAAGGAGAAUUUGAGAGCUAUCGACUAACGUACACCACAGACGCAGGUGGCACAGAGAAUGAGAUGCAGUUGUCUAAAGAUGAGGGGAAGGCGGUCAUUGAAACCUUUGACCCCAGUAAAGAAUACACCUUUAAGGUUUUUGCCAUUAAUGGAAAGCAGCAGAGCAGACCACUCCAGGGAGCGUUCAAAGGUAAGAUCCUGAAGAUUUAGGAGGUGAGCCCUCUCACACACACACACACACACACAUCUUCCCCCCCCCUCUCUCUCUCUGUCUCAGCGGUGGAUUUGUUUAUGUGUAAGACUCCUGCGAUAGCCGACAUCGUGAUUCUGGUGGAUGGAUCAUGGAGUAUCGGGAGGAUUAAUUUCCGCCUGGUUCGCCUGUUUCUGGAGAGCCUGGUUAACGCCUUCUCUGUGGGUAUCGAUCAGACACGAAUCGGUUUGGCGCAGUACAGUGGGGAUCCGAGGAUAGAGUGGCAUUUGAACACACACAGUACUAAAGAGGCUGUUGUAGAUGCGGUGAAGAACCUGCCGUAUAAGGGAGGAAACACACUCACAGGGCUCGCACUCACGUACAUUCUGGAGAACAGCUUCAAACCGGAGUCAGGAUCUCGGCCCGGGGUUCCCAAAGUGGGAAUUCUGAUCACAGAUGGGAAGUCUCAGGAUGAUGUUAUUCCGCCAGCUCAGAGUCUAAAGGAAGCAGGAAUCGAGCUCUUCGCCAUCGGUGUGAAGAAUGCUGAUGAGAAUGAGCUGAGAGCCAUCGCGUCUCCUCCUGAGGACACACACGUGUAUAAUGUGGCUGACUUCAGUGUGAUGAGCUCGAUUGUAGAGGGACUGACACGCAUCGUCUGUGACCGGGUAGAUCAUCUCAACAGAGAGAUUAAAGGGGAGACUGGGCCUCCAACAGCCCCUGCCGCUCCUCGUGACCUCGUGACCUCUGAGGUAACUGCUAGAAGUUUCCGUGUGUCGUGGACUGCUGCCCCAGGGCCUGUGGAGAAAUACCGCGUUGUGUAUUAUGCUGCCCGAGGAACUCAGCCUGAGGAGGUGAUGGUGGAUGGGACCCAGUCGUCUGUGGUGCUGAGUUAUCUGAACUCUUUGACAGAAUACCAGGUUGCUGUUUUUGCUGUUUAUGCAAACUCUGCCAGUGAGGCACUGAGAGGGAGUGAGACCACAUUGGCUUUGCCCAUGGUGAGGAACCUGGAGCUUUUUGACAUCACUCACAGUACCAUCAGAGUGCGCUGGGCGUCUGCAGAGGGCGCCACUGGGUACAUGAUCCUAUACGCACCGCUCACCGGGGAGGAGGCUGCUGACGAGAAAGAGGUUAAAGUAGCAGACACUGUCACUGAGGUUGAGUUGGAGGCGUUGACUCCGGCCACAGAGUACACUGUCACAGUUUAUGCCAUGUAUGGAGAUGAGGCCAGUGACCCUAUGACUGCUCAGGGCACCACACUCCCCCUCACCCCCGCCCGAAAUCUGCGGAUAUCUGACGUGGACCACAGUUCAGCUCGGCUCACCUGGGAUGCCGCGUCCCGUAAAGUCACCGGCUAUCGGAUUAUGUACGUGGAGACAGAUGGCGUGAAAACCAACGAGGUGGAGGUGGAUCGUGUCACCACAACGUUGCUAAGAAGCCUGAGUUCUCUGACGGAGUACACUGUCGCCAUCUUUGCCAUCUAUAAGGAGGGCCAGGCUGAGCCUCUCACAGACACCUUCACCACCAAGGACGUUCCUGCUCCGUUGAAUCUUAGGAGCAGUGAGGUGUCCUUUGAUCGCUUCAGGGUGACAUGGCAACACGCUGCCUCUGACGUGGUCCAUUACCGACUCACCUGGACAUCCACCCGCGGAGGAGAGGCCAAAGAGGCUCUGGUGAAAGAGAACACAUACAUGAUCACAGGACUGCAGCCUCUGACAGAGUAUGAGGUCAUAGUCUCUGCUGUCUACGCAGACGAAUCUGAGAGCGACACUGUAGAGAUCACUGAAACUACAGUGGUGCGUCUGGCUGUCAGGAACGUGGAGAUCAGUGAUCAGACGACCUUCAGCAUGCGUGUGUCGUGGGAGCUGCUGGGUGCUGGCGUGCGUGAGUACCGCGUCACCUACGUGUCUACACGAGGAGACCGAGCCCAGCAGGUGGCGACAGUGCCGGCCGGACAGAACAGCGUCCUCCUGCAGCCGUUACUGUCUGACACCGAGUACAGGGUCAGUGUGACCGCUGUUUAUGCCGACGGAGAGGGUCCAGCCGUCACCCGUAUGGGCCGGACAUUGCCUCUCGGUGCUCCAAAGAACCUGAGGGUGUCAGAGGAGUGGUACAAUCGGUUUCGCAUCACAUGGGACACGCCCCCCUCUCCUACUAUGGGCUACAGGAUCGUCUACCAGCCUGUCUCAGGCCCAGGUGAAGCUCUGGAGACGUUCGUUGGUGAUGAUGUGAACACCAUGCUGAUCGUCAACCUGCUCAGUGGGACAGAGUACAGCGUCAGAGUCAUCGCCACCUACACCACUGGAUCAAGCCAAGCACUGACCGGCAGAGCUAAGACACUGUAUCUGGGUGUGUCUAACCUGAACACAUAUCAGGUGCGUAUGACCAGUAUGUGUGUCCAGUGGCAACCCCAUCGUCACGCAACGUUAUACCGUGUGGUCCUCGAGUCUCUCCUCAAUGGAGAACAGCAGGAGGUGCAGCUGGCAGGCGGGUCUUCAAGGCACUGUUUUAAUGACCUCACCCCUGACACACAGUACAGGAUCAGUGUUUACGCUCAACUACAGGACACCGAGGGACCUGCUGUCACUACCAUUCAAAAGACAUUUCCUGUUCCCACUGCACCUCCUACCAGACGUCCCACAACCACACCUGCCCCUACUGUCCCAGUGGCUAGAGAAGUGUGCAGAGCUGCCAAGGCUGAUUUGGUGUUUUUGGUGGAUGGUUCCUGGAGUAUAGGAGAUGAUAAUUUCCAUAAGAUCAUCCGUUUCCUGUACAGCACCGUAGGUUCUCUGGACCAGAUUGGCCCUGAGGGAACCCAGGUGGCCAUAGCCCAGUACAGUGAUGAUGCCAGGACAGAGUUUAAGUUAAACUCUCACAGUAAUAAAGAGAGACUGCUGGAGGCCAUUCAGAGAGUCACUUACAAAGGAGGAAACACUAAAACAGGCAAUGCCAUCAGGCAUGUAAAAGACGCCAUCUUCACGGUAGAGGGCGGAGUCAGGAGGGGCGUGCCCAAAGUCCUAGUCGUCCUGACAGACGGCCGAUCCCAAGAUGAUGUCACAAAGGUCUCCAAGGAGAUGCAGGCAGAAGGCUAUAUCGUGUUUGCGAUCGGCUUUGCGGAUGCGGAUUACGGGGAGCUGGUGAGCAUUGGCAGUAAACCCAGUGACAGACAUGUCUUCUUCGUCGAUGAUCUCGACGCCUUCAAAAAAAUCGAAGAGAAACUCAUCACAUUUGUCUGUGAAGCUGCCUCUGCCACCUGUCCCUCAGUGCCAAUGAGUGGCAGUACUCUGCCUGGUUUCAGAAUGAUGGAGAUGUUUGGAUUGGUGGAGCAUCUGUACAGCAGUGUGGGUGGUGUUUCCAUGGAACCAGGCACCUUCAACAGCUUUCCCUGUUAUAGACUUCACAGCAAUGCUCUCCUGACCCAGUCAACCAGGUUUAUUCAUCCUGAGGGUCUUCCAUCAGACUACACCAUCAGUCUGCUCUUCCGCCUGCUCCCCGAGACGCCACAGGAACCCUUUGCAUUGUGGGAAAUUCUCAACCGAGACAACGAGCCCUUAGUGGGAGUCAUCUUAGACAAUGGUGGGAAAACACUGACCUUCUUUAAUAAUGACUAUAGGGGAGAUUUUCAGACCGUCACCUUCGAGGGCCCAGAGAUUCAAAAACUUUUCUACGGCAGCUUCCACAAGUUACAUGUGGUAAUCAGUAAGACGUCAGUAAAGGCAUUAGUGGACUGUAAAGUGGCCGGUGAAAAACCUGUUAACGCUGCUGGCAACAUCACCACAGACGGAGUGGAGGUGCUGGGUAGAAUGGUUCGGUCCAGAGGCUCCAAAGACAACUCAGCACCGUUCCAGCUCCAGGGCUUUGACAUUGUGUGCAGUACAUCAUGGGCUGGAAGAGAUAAGUGCUGUGAACUGCCUGGACUGAGGAAAGAGGAGGAGUGCCCUGCACUGCCCCGGGCCUGCACAUGCACACAGGACAGCAAAGGACCUCCAGGACCGUCUGGACCACCUGGUGGCCCUGGAGUUAGAGGAGCGAGAGGCGACAGAGGAGAGCCUGGGCCUGUGGGGCCAAUGGGACAAAUAGGUGAUGCUGGGGUUCCAGGACCUCAGGGGACCCCUGGACCACCAGGACCCAGUGGACGCUCUAUCAGGGGCCCACCAGGUGCACCAGGAGAGACAGGUCAGAAAGGUGACCCAGGUUCUCCAGGCCCUCAGGGUGUUCCCGGGACACCAGGAGCAGCUGGGAGAGAGGGACCACCAGGACCAAGAGGUCUUCCAGGCAAAGACGGACCACAGGGGCGAGAAGGACCCACAGGGCCGACAGGAGGUCCUGGAGCCCCUGGAGCCCCAGGUCUGACUGGCCCCCCAGGCCCAACAGGAGGGCAGGGGCCACCGGGCCCACCAGGUCCCAAAGGAGAGAAGGGGGAACGAGGUGAUGCCCAGUCAACUGCAUCAGUCCAAGCCAUUGCCAGACAAGUCUGUGAGCAACUCAUUCAGAGUCAUUUGGCCCGUUACAACUCCAUUCUGAACCACGUCCCAAGUCAACCCGUCUCAAUCCGGACUGUACCUGGCCCACCGGGUGAGCCGGGCCGGCAAGGAUCUCCGGGACCUCAAGGAGAACAGGGUCCACCAGGACCACCAGGAUUCCCAGGAACCAACGGAGAGAACGGACAGCCUGGCAGCCGAGGCACCCCAGGGGAGAAGGGAGAGAAGGGAAGUCCUGGUGUUGGAGUUCAAGGUCCCCGAGGACCACCUGGUCCCCCAGGACCUGCUGGUGUUGGGAGAGCAGGUAGCCCCGGUUCAUCUGGUCGCCCUGGCAACCCUGGAAACCCCGGUCGACCCGGAAUCCCUGGGCCCGUGGGACCCACCGGCCCACCAGGCUACUGCGACCCAAACACAUGUAUGGGUUACAAUGUAGAAGUCCCCUUGGCCCCCGAGUCAUACGAACCCUACACCCCCGAGGAGGGCGGAGAGGACGAGCCAUACCACAGCUACGGAGGCGGAUACUUCCAGCCCAAUUACCCCGUGCCACGCUCCGUCCAGCCCGACGACCCCCUCAUAGCGGAGGACAUGGAGGAGAUGAGGUCGCCUGGCGUGGAGCGCUGGUCACAGAGCGAAAGACAGAGACGUAAACGUCGGGUUGAGAGGAAAGCGGAGAGAGGGAUGAGAAGAGCGUCUCAUUAG